ACCUGCCUUGGCCCCACGCUUUGGUGCCUGACGUGUGGUGCCUCAGUCGCUCCUCUGACCCGCUGCACGUGGCACUGGCACUGACGAUGGAGCGCGGAGAGGCCACCUGCCGCGUGUGUGGGGACAAGGCCUCGGGGAAGCACUACGGCGUCCCCUCCUGCGACGGCUGCAGGGGCUUCUUCAAGAGGUCCAUCCGGAGAUAUCGGAACAAGACUCUGGACUACGUGUGCAAAGAGUCCGGCAACUGCGUGGUGGAUGUCACGCGAAGGAACCAGUGCCAGGCGUGUCGCUUCAAGAAGUGUUUGGACGUCAACAUGAAGAAGGACGCCGUGCAGCACGAGCGCGCCCCGCGGUCCUGUCAGAAGCGGCCGAUGUUCGCGCCCGACCUCCCCGGCAGCGGCGCCUUCCCGCCCGUGUCCGUGGGCGGCGGGACGGGCCUGCCGCCCCUGCCGCCCUACUACCCCGCGCUGCUGCCGCCCAUGCCGUUCAAGCCGCCCUUCCUGCCCAUGACGCCCUCCAUGGCGCCCCUCACGCUGCACCUCAGCCACAACUCGGCCUUCAAGCCCAACAUGGCCAUCCUCGGCGGCGACCUGCGGCGGCCGCUUGCGGACGCGGGGCUGCGGCGCUCGCCCUCGCCGCCCGACUUCAAGCCGCCCGCCGCCGACCGCCUAGAGGCCAAGUUCGCGCCCCGCGCCCGCAGCCCCGACUUCAAGGCGGCGGUCGAUGAGCGCGCCGCCGCCAAGCCGCCAAUCGCCGAGCGGCUGGAGCUGAAGCCGCCGCCGGCGGGGCUGCGGCAGCCAAUGGGCGACGCGAUGGAGGCGCCGCGGCCGGCCAAUGAGGGCUCGGCAUUCAGCCCCCCUCGGCGGGGACGGCGACCCCCCCGAGCGCCGUCCGGGACGGGGAGUCGCGGAGCCCCGACGCCGCGCUCCGCCUGGAGCCCUCAGUGCCCUCGUCCCUCUCCCGCGCCUCCGCCGCGCUCUCCGCCGCCAACAACAACAACAGCGACAGCAUCAACAACAACAUCUUCAUCAACAACAACAACAACAGCGCCUUCUUCUCGCCCGGCGCCUUCUUCGUCAAAAAUAAUGCAGAAAAGGGCGGCUCCACCUCCCCCGUCACGGCAACCACGCCCACCUCCUCGCCCUCAAGCAACACCUCCACCCCCACGCCCUCGCCCAGCACCCCGCCCACGCCCACAAGCACCGCCCUCACACCAGGGGCGCCUCCAAUCAGCGUGGACCCGGGCUCGCUCGUGAUCACGCCCACGGACAGUGUCUACGAGAACGCCGCGAAACUCCUCUUUUUGGGCGUGAAGUGGGCGCGGUCGAUCCCCUCGUUCAUGCAGGUUGGUGGGGGAGA